AUUUCCCUCUCUUCUUUUUUUUUGUCUUCAUCUUUAUGUCAAUCGAAGUUCCAAUUGUGUACAUUUUAGCAGGAAUCGUCACAUUGCUUGCUGCUGUUGUUGCCUCCUUUUUCCUUUUGAAGAAAAAGCAGACAGGCGACACAAUCCUGCUGUUGGGUGUGAGCGAUGCUGGCAAGACUGCACUCUACACAUUGAUCAGAUUCGGUAAAAAAGCAUUGACAGUUACUUCAAUGAAAGAAAAUGAAGGUUCUGUUACACUGGGUAAUAAGACAUUCGGUCUUGUUGAUAUGCCUGGCCAUGAGCGUAUUAGAUACCGUUACAGCGAGUUUCUUCCCGUUGCUCGCGGUAUUGUGUUUGUGGUUGAUAGUACCACUAUCAGUCGUCAGAUCCGCUCAGUAGCCGAAUACCUCUACAAUGUCCUGGCCAGCCUGGAGGCUCAAAACCGAAAAUUGCCUGUUUUGAUCGCAUGCAACAAGGCUGAUAUGAUUACUGCACUACCAAAGGAUAAAAUCCAAACCCUUUUGGAAGCCGAAAUUAAUCGUCUGCGUGGUACUCGUACAGCAGCUGUGGAGCAGCAAAACUCAGAAGGUGAUGAUCAGGAAGGAUUCUUGGGCUAUGAAGGAGAGGCAUUCAAGUUUGAACAUCUUGAGAGCAUAGUAGACUUUGAAGUCUGCUCAGUUCAAAAAGAGGAAAUUGAUUCAGUGACUGGAUGGAUUGAAUCUCUUUAAUAUAUAGAUAGAUAAAUAUAAUUUCUCGUCUAGGUUUUACAAAAGAAAGGAAGAAAGAAUGAAUGAAAAGACAUGGUUAUAUAUAAAAAAAAGAAAUAAAGAAGAAGAAAAAAGGAUGAAAUA